ACGCUUUUCCCGCCAAACGGUGUUGCGUAGCGAGAGAAACUGGUUAGCGUGAUCACUUAGUGUUAAGUGUGUAUAAAAUUUGAAGUUCUGAAACUAAGAAAUGGCUUUAUAUUCUCGCAACAGUGAGAAAAGACGAAUAUUUAAUGAACUAAAGAGACAACAAGACGAAGUUAUAGGAGGCAUGUGCAGGCUUGGAAACAGGCCAAUUUCACCGAAGUCACAAAUGGAGCAAGAAAAAAGGAUUCGCCGGGAAAUAGCUAACAGUAAUGAAAGGCGUCGAAUGAAGAGCAUAAAUGCCGGCUUCCAGUCUCUUCGUCAGUUGUUACCACAGCAAGAUGGAGAAAAGCUUAGCAAGGCUGCCAUAUUACAAAAUACAGCUGAAUACAUCUACCAGCUAGAACAGGAAAAAGCCCGUCUGCUGGUCCAGAACUGUCAGUUGAAGCGGAUGCUCAACUCUCAGAUGAACGUUGACAGUGAUGGAAGUAGCUCUGACUCUCCGUUACCAAAGCGCAAGAAGACUGAUACAGCAGUAGAGUCCUCAGAUGAGGGAAUUGGCAGUAUGAGCCCCAGAGGUAGUACUAGUAAUAUGACAGAAGAAAUGAAACAAGAAAUGAUUGAUCUGCGAGAUCGAUUACACAGGGAACACCAGCUGCAAAUUGAACAUGAGAAACAAACACAUAGCUUGGAUAUUCAGAUGUAUGAUGAUCAAGUUCCAGGAACUAUUGAACAACAUCUGCCCGAGAAAGCAAAGGUGGAGCAGCACUACUCCUAUAUUCUAAACAAGGAGCAUCUUUCCAGUCCAACUGCUGGUGUGUCUCAGAAUGAGAGUGACUCAUCUGAAGGGUCAGUUCCUCUUCCACUUACUGAUAUUCCAGAGGACUUGUCAGGAAAGUCCUCUACUGUACUCUCGUCUCAUUCCAGUGAUACGGAGAUGGUGUCAUCAUCACAACUGUAUGUUUUGGAUUCUUCUGUUCUCACAUCAAAGCCAAUUCAUCUUGUUUCCAAUGAAGUUUGCAUCUCACAUCUAAAACCUGCCAAUACCAAAGAGCCUACCCAAUAUGCUACUUUAUCUCGCACUUACCAAGCAAAUAGCACUUCUCGCCAAAAUUUGGAGACAAUUGUGGAAGCAAUUCGCCACCUAGAAGGUGAUCACAUGUUUCGGGAUGAUCCUGAGCCUUUUAGUAAACCUGAGUCUGAAAGGACAGUAUCAGAUAAUGUUUCUUCUAAUGAACUCUUAACUGAUCCUUUUCAAAUUUUAUGUGAGACAACAAAAAGCAGUGCCCUUCAUAGUCAAGUUUUUCAGUGUUCAUCUAGUACACAAACUCGGCCAGGUGUCAUUGUUACCAAUCAUUCAUAAUUGCUGUAUUGAAUGCUUGCCACUUUUGGGGUCAUGGUUUUCAUCUUUGUUGUUGUAAGAAUAUGUUUCAUCUGUAUAGAUGCCCACACUCAAGAGCUUCUUUUAGAUUUUGUGGCCUGAUUGUUGGGUAAAAAUGCAUUGGUUUCAUAAAUAUCAUUUGUAUUAUAACAUUUAGUGUUUAGUUUGCAUUGUCUUCACUUACCAUAUAGCUUGAUUGUAAUCUAUUAGUGAAGUUGUGUAUAUAGUUUAUACAAGUGCUUCAUAAGAAAAACGUUUUCAGAAAUUCUGGAAAGUGAGUACCUAAAUUAAACAAUUAAAAUUUAUGGUUGCACUAUAAUUUUUUUCUGAUGUUACAUGUUCAAUUUAUGCAUAUACUUAUAGGUAUGAAUACACUUAACAUACCAACAUACUCAUUAAUUAAUCAGUUGGUGUGCAUAUUUAAAGCUGUGUUUAGUUUACUACUUGGUCCUAUCAAGCCAAGUCUUUUAAUUUUUUUUCAUAACAGAAAAAAUAUAGCCAUCUAAUUCGCAGUUUUUUCCUGUAAUUUUUUAAAGAUUCACAUGUAAUAUGUAUGAAAGACAAUUUAUUAAAUUGUCUUUCAAUUCAAGAAACUUAAAUUGUGAUACUAUCCAUUUGAACAUUCUUACACAGCCACGCUUCUUUUGUGCAUAAAAUAAUUGUUUUUGUUAAGAACAUUUACAGGGGUCUAAUAGUCAUCAUAGAUGGAUAAACAUAUUAUUCUAAUACUACAUCCUGUAUUAGUAUUUAAUUUUUAUUGCAUGAUAUGCUGACAUUUAGUUUAUGCGAUUGAAAUAUACAGGUGAAAGUGGCUGUUAUAGAAAGUUUUUCUGACAUUUUAGGAGAUUAUUUAUCACUCCAAGCAGACAGCUAUUAAGUUAAGGUUUUUAGUAAAAGUGAUUUUACAACUGUAUGAGGAUAAUUUGUAUGUAAAGGUGAACUUUACUUUAUAAAGACACGACUUAUGUUUCUCAAAAUUAACAUAAAGCUGUUACUUUGUUUAUGGCUAAAGGAGUUUAGUUUGUAUUGAAAGGAACUUUAAAAUUUUUAUAUACAGUUUAAUGGUUUUACAAAAAGUACAAGUGAUUCGAGUGUGUAAGAGUGAACAUAAGACAAAAAAUUUUGAUCAAUAUUUAUGAAAUGCAUUAACAGAUUUGUAUGGAAAUUGGAAUAAUGAUUAUCUAAAAUGAUAAAGUUUUGCAACUGGUUUAAGAUAAAUUUCCACAUUCUUAGAUGAACUUUCUUGCCUGACUAAAAAAAAAUUAAAAUAUUUCAACCAUCAAUUCAGAAUUUUUCCCUUUCUGAAGUUUUUCAAAAUUUUUAUUAACCUGAUUCUUUGGCUAUCAUUUUUAUUUCCUGCUGUAGAAGUACAAUUUUGUAUUGGUUUUUUUCUUUAAAGUAAGUUUUGAGAAAGACUUAAGUAUUCAAUUUAUACAUUCAACAUUCCCGCUGUUGUAGGAAAAAAAAGUAAUUUUUUCCAUUUCUUAAACUGUGAAAUGUUGAUCAAAAUUCAUAUCUUAUGCUUUGAGAUAGAGAUUUGAAUACUGGCAUUUUAGUAGCAUGUUUUCAAAGCUUUUAGGUCUGCUGGUUAUAAAUUGACCAACUUAUGAAGCUAAAACUUUAUUCUGUUGUACUGUUACAAGUUGAACAAAACAGAUAAGUAUGUAGUAAUUAGCCAUUUUGUGUAUUUCCUAGAAAACCUUUACAAAGAAAUACUUCUUUCUUUCAACUAACUGCCUUGAAAGAGUUGUAUGAAUAAUAUCUUAACCAGUUUGCAUUAAUCAUCAUUGUAAAUGAGCUGAGGUAUGGCUAAUCAAUUUACCUCAGGUGGUACUGCUUGGAGCACUAUAAGCUUUUAUUUCUUUUGCAAUUUGGUUUAAUUAUAUAUUUGCAUCUAUAGUAUCUAUUGAAAUAUAGACAAUGUUUUUCUGGCUUUCAUCACUAAUUAACUUGCAGGUUCUUAAGUGCCUUGAUUUUAUGAUGUUAAAUACAAUUAGUAAAGAAGGGGUAAAGUCCAGGCACUUACUGUUUUUUCAUGGGGAAAUUGAAAGUCCUUUCACAUUCUUUUUUGUUUUCUCAUGAAUUCUUCUCGACAGUCACGUAACUAUGUUUUAUAUUAGAUUUUAAGUUAGUUUUAUUUUAGCCUUUGUUAAUAUAAGCACGUUAUUAAUACUUUCAACUGGUGUUAAUGAGAAUUUUAUGCAGAGUUUACUAUUAUGUGUCCUAUUUGAGAAAUUGUUUGUGUUCUCAGUGCUUGUAGAAUAUCUGCAGAUUUCUGAGGUUAUUUAAACCUAUCUUAAAGUUAAAAUGUUUUAGAUGUAGUCCUGUGUAUAGAACAUUUCUCGACCUGAACUAAAAUUUAAAAUGAAGGAUAACAUACGUCUCUAAUUCCAUCUCUUUCCUUGUUAUUUUUUCACCUUAUGAACCUUAAGGUAAAACAAUGUUGUGAAAAUCAUAAAAUUUGAAUAUAUUAAACAUAUUCUGUUAUCUCCAACAAAUAAAAUGUAUAUAUCAUUGUU